AUGUCGUCCUUUAGAGCAUCAUGGGCUAUUCUUACUCGCAGGCCUGCUAUGCUUGUAGCGCCUACCAGAAAUCCUUCCAACUUCGUUCGUUACAAGUCCACCGAGUUGAAAGGCGUGGUUACACAGCCAAACUCCCCCACCAACAGUGCAGGUACCUUAGAUAUCCAUCUUGUCCCUGACCACGCAACGAGCGCCUACUCCCCUGUGCCAGUCCCCUCCGAAGUUCGUGGGCCAGAUGAACCUCUCGAUGUAGGUGCCUUUUCGGGCGCCCCUAUUGAUCUUAAAUCAAGGACAGUAAGGAUUUUCAAACCAGCAAAACCCGCUACUCAAUCCGGAAACUGGAACGGAAGGCAGUGGAGAAUGGAUUGGGAUGUUUUAGGGAAGGGUCACAGAUGGGAGAACAGCCUGAUGGGCUGGCAGUCUAGCGGUGAUCCUAUGCAGGGCACUCACAUCUUCUUCAAAACCAAGGAGGACGCAAUUCAUUUUGCAGAGAAGCAAGGUUAUGAAUGGUUUAUUCAGGAACCAAACGAAAGAGGGUUCAAGCCAAAAGCAUAUGCUUCUAACUUUUACCAUUCACCGAAGAAGUUGAAGGUCAUCAGGACAAAGUAG